AGAGGUCUCUGAGCUGCCUCCAGCAUCGCCGGGGAAUUGGAGCCCCGCGGCGAUGGGGGCACGUUGCUGUGUUAGUCAACUGGUCCUCCAGCCCCCCCCAUCCUCCCUUAUGUCGUGCUCUCCUCGCGCGAACCCGGGCUAUCCGUAGUAUAAAUACGCCAUCUGGGCUCGCCAAUUACGUGUCAUUUUGAUGGUUUGAAAUGUUUUGCUUUUCUAUUUGGCGGGUUUCAUUUGGUUAUUGGGUUGCCCAGAGGUUUAUGAUGAAGCUACCAGUAAGUUGUAUAUUAUAAGCCCGCUGAUGUCCCAUAAGAAGCUGGAGACUGUACCAGGUGCCCUUGGGAACAAUAAAUCUUUGGAAAAUGUAUUGAUUACCAAUCCUGGCUUUGCACUCUGGAUGAACUUUGUCCUCAGAAAAGAAUAGAAGGUGAUUUUUCUUUACCAGCCAGCUGGCCUUCAAAUGAGCUACUCAUAACACUAUCGCAAACUCUAAUCCAAGUAAACACGGAAAAGAUGAUUUACGAGUUGGGAAGAGAAGCCGUAUCAGCUCAUAAUGAGGUUUAAUACUUAGCGGCGUAUUCUUAAACAUUGUCCUUAAAUAUCGCAAUUGAGUUUUGACUGCAUGUUACAAGAUCAGUGUUUUAUGCUCUUUGGAUCAUGCAAAUGGUGGUUUUGGUUGUUUGCGUUAACUGCAAGGCAACAAAAUAGCAAAACAGGAUUAGAGGAGUCAUUUGGGGAAAACACUGAUUUCUAUAACCAGAUUUGAAUUGCAAUCUGUCUGCUUUUACACGGGAGUAAGUUUAUCGGAGACGAUGCCAGGAGGUGAGGCAGAGCUCAUGGUCAGGUCUGUGCAGUGCUGUGUGAGCCUGGCUUGCAGUUCAUUUUUUAAUACAGGCUCCUCAUUGUGCAGCCUUUAGCUUUUGCUACCUAAAACUACCUAAGAAAUAGGUAAGGAUCCAGAGGCAUGGUGUGGCCCUUAGGAUUUCACGUCAGGGAGCUCUCUCCUUCCUUGCAGGCAACUCUUUGCCUUGUUUUUUUCCCCAAAGGGCUCUUCGUGGGUUGGGAAUCAGGGAGUAACUGGGGUGGGAUAAGGGCAUCCAGGGGAUUUCACAGCCUUAAUGAUGCUGGAGCGGCUUUUUCUGCUGGACAUCUGCUCGCAGUUGGUCUGGGGGCAAGGGCUUCUGCGAGAUCAACCCUGGGGCUUUAACAAGCCCUUCUUUCAAAGCCUGGGUAUCUUUGAUAUAGGGGAUGUGAGUUCCCUUUUUCAAAGGGAGAAUUCAGAGGAAACUUUGUUUAUUUGUUUAUUUAUUUGCCUGAAAUACUUCUGUCCCUCUGUAUCGCCUUGUGUACCUUACGUGCUUCCAACAGCUCCUGUGAGCGCCUGUCCCGUGAAACACCUCUCCGCUGAUGGGGUACAGAGGAACACCAACAAUAUUUAAGAGUCUAAAAUAAAUACUCCCCUGGAGUAACCGCCGUUGGGGUGUUUUUCGGGCAGCGCUCUCCCCUUGCCCAGCACACCCACCCUCCAUCCCACCGUCCCACCAGGCAAGUCCCUUAAAGCUGUUCCUCUCUCUCUGUGCGCGCAGGGAGUUUUCCCAUGGGGCCGAACCUUUCCCAGGGGAACAUGGACUGAAAAAGGAGCUUCACCAGACCACGGCUGCCGGCACCCUUCGCCUGGACCCUGAUGGACUCCGAGGCAGGACUGCAUUACCAUGGUGAUGAUCUUAACCAAAACUCGGGAAAACAAAGGUGCUGACUCCGUAACAUGCAGGACUGAGCUGCACACUCCAAAGAUGAGUCAAGGACCUACCCUCUUCUCUUGUGGCGUGAUGGAAAAUGACAGAUGGAGAGAUCUCAGCAGGAAAUGUCCACUUCAGCUCGAGCAGCCGGGCACCAGCAUCUGGGACUGCUUGUCGGACAAGGGCGAGGAGGGCUCGCGCUGGCCGAGGGAGACGGCCAGCACCUGCUCCGUCACCAACCUGAUCAAAGACCUCAGCCUCAGCGACCCCCAUGGCAACCCCUCGGCCCCCCCCAGCAAGCGCCAGUGCCGCUCGCUCUCGUUUUCGGAUGAAAUGUCCAGCUGCGGGACCUCGUGGAGACCCUUAGGCUCGAAGGUUUGGACCCCGGUCGAGAAACGGCGGUGUUACAGCGGCGGGAGCGUGCAACGCUACUCCAACGGCUUCGCCACCAUGCAGAGGAGCUCGAGCUUCAGCCUGCCCUCGCGAUCCAACCCCCUCUCCUACGAGCAUCCCGUCCUCAGCGGCCGGCUGGGAUGCCAGCCGAGGAAAUCGGCCACCGGCGGGCACGGAGGAGACCGGGUAGACAUGCAGAGGUCCCUCUCCUGCUCCCACGACCGCUUCUCCUCCUCGGAGUACUGCCCGCCCUCGGCAAGCAGCACGCCAGCCUCCACGCCGGAGCUGGGGCGACGGGCCGGCGGGCUCUCCCGAAGCCGCUCGCAACCCUGCGUCCUGAAUGACAAAAAAGUCGGGGUCAAGCGACGGAGACCGGAGGAGGUUCAGGAGCAACGGCCCUCGCUGGAUCUCGCCAAGAUGACCCAGAACCGCCAGACUUUCGACAGCCUUACCUGCCUUAGCGCCGCGGCCGAGGAUGGCUCCCAGAGGCUCCCCGGUCCCCAGCCGUGGACCGCGGCCCCCCGCUCCCCGGAGGUGAUGCCGGGCAGGACCCCCGCCUGCACCCCGGUCCCGGAGCCGCCGCGUUCGCGGGCCGACGAGCGCCGGGCCAGCAGGGACGACCUCUCCUGCGAGGAGGAGGAGGAGGGCGGCGGGAAGGAGGAAGACGGGGCGGCGUGGCGGAGCGGUGGGACGGGCGCCGAGAGCCUCUUCCAGCUGGAUGGCGAGAUAGAUAUCGAGCAGAUAGAAAACAACUGAGGGGGGAGCGGGGUCCGCUCGCCCCCGGGGUCGGGGGGCUGCCAGCGGAGCCGUGGAGGGGCUCCCCGCUGCCGGCGCCGGGUUUGCGGGGUCCUGCCACUGCUCUCCUCCUGCCAGCUGGAGGGGAUGAAGCAGCUUUGCCAAAAUUUCAUCAGGUAUUUAGAGCAAUUUGUGUGCGUGCGUGUGUAAAUCUUGAAAUUCUUUGUAACUACUGUAGUCAGAGAUCAGCUAGUUGGAGGAAACUGCCUGCCCGACUGGGGAAACCAGGCACAGGGAUCGCCAAAAACUCGCAUUUAGCGAGUAAACGGCUUUUGCCAACGUAGGGUUGGAGCUGAUGGGGCUGGCCACGCUCCCCCGGGUCCCACCUGCGCUUGUUCGGAAAGGGAUGCACAAGGAGAAACCACCACCCGUGGGACUGGAAAAAGUGGGGGAAAACCAGAAUGUUGAGAUUUGCAAACCGAGCACUGGCUGGUGGCUGCAGGGGCGGCUGCGGCUCCUCUUCUCCUGCCGCAUCCCGCGCAGCCCCGGCACCCCCCACGUCCCUGGCAGUGCCGUGAGAGGGAAAUCACAAAAGUGAAGUGUUUUGCUUAAAUUUAAUAACGGUAAGAGCUGGAUUUUUACUUCUUUUUUUUUUCUUUAAUUUUCCUUUUCCUAAUAAGGAAUUAAAGGGACCCCUGGCUCACACAACUCCAAUGCCGGUGGCAUCCGCAGCAGCGCUUGGCGGGCGCUGCCCAAGGAUGCUCAAAUGCCUUUCUUCCCUCUUUUUUUCCUUCCCAGUCCCCUCUCUCAAACCCAUCGGGGAAAAAGCCCCGAUCAGGCUCGGUGCCACCCUCGCUUGGGUUCCCAACACCCAGUUUUGAGCAGGGCUGGGCUGUUUACCCAUUUACCAGCAGCUGUGCCCGCUUUGCUACCCGAGGCACGGCUGCCACCCUCUUUUUUUGGCUCUGUCUUACUGUGAAGGGGCUGUGCGCUCAAGGCAUGCCGCGGGGUUACUUGACAAAAUGUCAGCUGGCAAAAGGCUGAAAAUCCAGGUAGCAGCACUGAAAGCUUUUCCUCUUCCUGUGCCUUUUUUAAGCACAGAUAAAGUGGUGACCAUUACGUUUGUACGAUAUGAAUUCUCUUUAGUAAAAAUAAGCUGUCCACUUGCUAACAGGUUUAGAAGGACAUAUUUUUUUUCGCCCAUUUUUUUGUUUUGGUUUGUUUGUUUGUUUAAAGCUCUAGGAAAGCUGCACGAGUGGCUUCCAGCAGCUUCUGCAGGUUCCCUCAAGCUCAGGGUUUACUUCCCGAGCUCUGCAAAAGCGAGAAAGGAAAAAAAAAAAAAAGUCUUUGAUACCAACAGCAAUUGAAGGCAUGAUAUUUUUAGCGGGGCUUGGCACCCCUGUUGGCAAAGCUUUAGGAGUCGAUAACUCAGAAGGGGCUGAGAGCCACUGGUACAGGUUUUAUUCAUCAUUUCUGGUUAUGUUAGUGCACUUUUUUUCUGCGGUGGUUCGGGACGUGUGUGGCGUCUCCCAUCACAGCGGAACCCAUCAGCCAUUAUAUAGCUUUAUCCCUGUCCUGGCACCGCAGAGGCUUUGCUCGCCACAGUGCCCAUGUCUUCUCCCUCCAGGCCGGGUUCACGGCAGGCAGGGCCAGCCCCAAAUAUUUAGGGAAGGGAUAACAGGGAUAUCUUUUCAUUCUGGGGAACCCUCCCGUUCUUUUAAAGCGUCGUUUGAUGCAUCGUUUAAAAGAAAAUACAACCUGGCUUCAUUUUUAGCCCUCCUGUAGUGGAAGGCGCUGCCUGUCGCAGACAUUUGGGGAGGGUCCGGCCACGCCAGCGUUGCCCCAAGCUGCUGUCCCCCCCUCCGGUCCGUGUCCCCGCAGCGGCACAGCCACAGCGCGGUUCUCGGCUUUGAGUCUUCCUGAAGCUCGAUACCCCCAUCACUGACGCGUCCCCGCUGGCCACGGGCACCUCCUCAGCUGCCGACUCUCAACUGACCGAAAAAAGGGCAAAUUCACCCAAAUCCACGUCCGGCUGCUGCCGCAGAGCUCCGGGUGGGCUCCCGCAUGUGCAUCACCGGGGCUGUAAUUCCUAAGGGCUUCUGUUUUCUUUCCAAGGGCUGCUACCGGUGCCAUGCUAACCCCUCCCUGGUAGGAAGGUGACCAGUGGACCACUACCCAGCUGUACUCGACGUAGCCGUAGCAUUCAGUUUACAUACAGCACAACCCGUUUGCCUUACUAAAGACGCUUCUCCAAUGAGUCAUGGCCUUAUACUGGGCACGUUAGCGUAGGCACAGACUACAGUUAGCGACGGUUUUGAGGCCACGGUGGUGUUCUGUUGGGUAUUUUGUUGUUGGGUUUGUAUGAUUUCAUGUACUUAUUCUCAGUUUAAGAAAGCCUUACUCUUUAAAUUUUUUUUUUUUUCUCUCUCUCUGUAGAGGUAAAACAUUUGUGGAUUUAUAUAUAUAUAAAUAUAUAUAUAAAUAAAGUAAUUAAAAAUAUUAAAUAUAAUAUAGUAUGUGCCUCAGAUUCAGGGGACAUCCUGUUGAUUGUAAAGUCAGAAGUGGCGUUGCUCCCCGGCAUCAGGAGAUCCGUACCCUACGCCCGCAGCGACCGCAGCGGGAGAGCAGGGCAUCCCCCUGGGGGUCCUGCUCUUGGUUUGUAAAGGAUUUCACCUUUUACAGACGCUUUGGUAACCCCCCGGCAAAUUCCUGCCGGCUGUCAGAAUGUGAUAUUAAAGUAAUAUGCAGACAAGGGAUGCUAUUCCUUGCUAGGUAGCUAAAACAGGCUUAUUAUCGUGAAGAGACUCGGUUGCUUGUCCAAGGCGUGACCCAGUCUGGCCAGCAGCCGUUUCAGGAUGACAGCAAGCUGUGUCAGCAGCAAUAAGGGUUCAUCAACCUGAAAAAAAAAGAAUUUUAAUAGGAAAAGUCUUAGCACGUGCACGGGGAGUUUGCUGUGUGUUUGCAGAUGCAGCUCGUUGAGCCUGUUCUAUGAAAGAUUACAUUAAAAAAAAAACAAAAAGAAGUAUUUGUAAAAUAGAUUGUAAUUUUUCCACGUUAUAGCAUAGCCUAUUUGGCCAAUAAAGUUGUGUUUCAAGUGCAUUGUUUAAAAGCUCCUGGCUGAACAGGCUAACAGACUUACGUAGGAUGUUAUAGGAUUGUAGCAGUGCUUUACAGCGUUUAUGGAUUUGAUGUUCGAGAAAUCAAAAGAAGAGGAUGGCCAAAAAAAAAAAAAAAAAAAAAAAACCGACCACAAAAAAGAAUUUAAAAAAAAAAAAAAGCCUUCUGAAGCUAUGACCUGUAGUAGCCAAGUCUCGCUGGUAAUUGCACAAGCGCAGCGGGACGCGCGUGUCCCCGCGGAGGGGCUGCCCUCUCCCCGGGCGGGCGAGGAGGCUGCCCACUCGUACCCCCUCCACGACUUGAUUGCACUAGAGCAGCUCAGUCUCAGGAAAUUGCUUGUUACUUUUACUGUGUAAAUAAAGCUUCCUGGUUCAAUAACC